GAAAGAAACCGAGUAGUGAAGGAGAUAAAUAGUAUAGAGAGUAAAAUUUACAGCAGCAGAUGAUGGCAGCCUACUAUCCCAACAACCUUACCACUGACCACAUUCAACAGUAUUUAGAUGAGAACAAAUCUUUGAUUCUGAAGAUUGUGGAGAGCCAAAACUCAGGCAAACAUGCCGAGUGUGCCGAGAACCAAGCCAGGCUUCAAAGGAACCUAAUGUAUCUAGCUGCAAUUGCUGAUUCUCAACCCCCACCUCUCACCAUGCAUUCUCAGUAUGGCACGGCGGCGGGAGGCGGGAUGGUGCAGCAGCCGCAGCCGGGGGCGCACUACAUGCAGCAGCAGGGGCCGUCGCAGCACGCGCAGCAAAUGGCGGCGACCCAAACCCUCAUGGCGGCGCGCUCCUCCACGAUGUACGGGCAGCAGCCGAUGUCAGCCUUGCAGCAGCAGGCGGCGCUGUACGGGCAGCUGGGGAUGGGCUCCGGCGGCGGGAUUCAGAUACUGCAGAGCGAGGCCGCCACCCACGGCGGCGGGGCCAGUUUCGGGGACUUCGGGCUGGGCAGCAGCGGGUACAAGCAGGAGAUGCACGGGAGCGGAGACGGCGGACGGGCGGGGAGCUCCGGCGGUGGCGUGACGGACGGAGGGGACACUCUGUACUUGAGAUCGGCGGGCGGGAAUCAAUGAACGGAAGACCACCGUCGUGCGUGCGCGGCGGACGGCGGCCGGCGGCCUAGGUAGUGCAUGACAUGUAAUGGAAUCUAAUUAAUUAAGUUAGCAUCUCAUGUACGUUUUUGGACUUUGUGUUUUUUUGAUCCAAGUAAAUCUCAAACGUUUGGAUGAUGAGGUUUAUGUGCUCUACUAAUGUUUUUU